AUGUCUCAGUCGCCGGUGACAUCUCGCAAGCGGGGCAGGGAGAGCGACAGCAGCCCUCUCAGUCGAUUGCUCACCCAGCUGAAGCGCCUGCGCGUGCCGUGCAUCGACCACGUCCAGGCCAACGCCCUCCUGGGGCCGCUGGUGGCCGACUGCUUGAGGCUCAGCAGCGACUCGAGCCUAGAGACCAUUCUGCAGGCGUACGGCUGGCAAGGAGGCGCGUUUACUACGCCCGUGAACCUUUUCGGCCUGUCCACCGCGCUCAGCAAGUACAGAUGGGUGCGCGUGCAAGAGCUGGGCAGCGGCUCAUAUGCGGUCGUCUACAAGGCGAAGAACCGGGAGACGGACGAGAUCAUCGCCCUCAAAAAGCUUCGAUUUGGCUUCGACGACCAGGGGCUCCCCAGCUCCACCCUGCGGGAGAUUUCAUUGCUUAAGGAGCUCAAGCACGAGAACAUUGUCGAGCUUAAGGACGUGAUCUUCGGGUUUGGCAGCAGCAGCGUGUAUGUUGUGCUGGAGUGCUUGGACUGCGACCUGCGGGACCUGCUGGACCGGGACGAUGCGGCGGUUGACUUGCGGCAGGUCAAGGUGCGCGCCGCCGUCGUUUGA